AUGCCACAACUUUGGUUAGUAUUAGCCGGCCUAGCGUCCUUAUGUGGCUGCGACGCUUUCAAAAUUCUCGUAGUUUUUCCGAUGGCAAGUAGAAGUCACGGCAUUCUCGGUGAUGGAUUAGUACGACUCCUGGCUGAAAGAGGACAUGAGAUUACGUACAUAACAGCGUUCCCGGUCAAAAGGUCUCACCAAAAUGUCACCCAGAUCGACGUGUCCGGCUUAGAAUUCCAACUGCCAGGUGAUAACUAUUUCGGAGCCAUUACUAAACACCAUUGCUGA